AUGUCUAUCAUACUCGAGUCUUCUAUCCCUCCUCCACAUCUUUUACAGAACAAGACCGUCGCCUACCCGAGUGCCUACCACUCUCACCACUACCCCGCCCCGGCAUCCUCGCCUGCCCCGAUGUCUCCCCAGUCACUUCACUCUUACAUGUCCCACCUAUCGGAAAGUCCUCUUCCCUCCCAAGAGCUCACCAGCCUACCCACGUCUGGGUGGUUUGGCCCCUCCCUUUCGGCCCCAGAGUGCCAUAAUGAGACCAGCUACGCCCCAUAUGGCCACUUUGUGCCUUCACAAACAGCGGCACUCAACCUGUCGCCGCCUGUAUCUGCUUUCUCCUACUCUGCAAAGGCUCCAGUAUCUACCACACACAUUGACCCAUCAGCCGCCAUAUCCCCAGCCACCGUCUACUCCCGCGACUCAGCAGUACCCGAGUCUACCCGCCCAUCAGAGGAGCCCCAGUCUACCGACGCAAGAAGUGCCGGGCAGCACGGGACCUCUCACUUGACAAGACAGCCCCAUCUGAUGGAUCGACCUCACAGCAGCUCAGGUUCGAUGCAUUCAGGAGCAGUCGACGUCUCUUGGACCAUGAACCCAUUAGGCAUCCACUCCAACCAAGAAUCUUACUAUCAAGCAUUCCCAAUCAUGACCCACAGCCCCCGUUUGAGCGAGCCAUCCAUAGAGGUGUCCUCUAACCAGAUGGCCUCACCGCAACCUCGACGCAUGUAUACACCCAUCGCGCCAAUGCUCCUUGGCACACCCCGGUCGCAUGGAAGCAAACGGUUCCGAGAAGAGGAAGAAGAGCCAGUCAUUGAAGAGUCCAAGAGAAGAAAGCGUUCCGACUCGCAAAUGUCAACGCAGUUUGAGCUCAGUGAAGAAGACAAGCUACUAUUACAACUCAAAGAGGAAGAGUCCAUGCCGUGGAAGGACAUCGCAGCACGCUUCCAGACAGACCUCAACAAGACUUAUCAGAUACCCGCACUACAGAUGCGACUCAAGCGCCUACGAGAACGGAUGCGGGUUUGGAGCGAGCAAGAUGUCAAGGCACUGCGCGCCGCACACGAGUACUGGGCACAGAACAAGUUUGAGAUCAUUGCUGCAAAGAUGGCCGAGUUCGGUGCUCUAGAGAAAUGGACCGCCCGACAAUGCUCGCGCAAGUGGCAAGAAUUGGACCCUGCGGCCAUACCCUAUGCCCACUUUGAACCACAUAUCCAGCACGGCUUUGCUCCUUACGCUAUGAGUCCCGUCGAACCCCCACCUAGCAACUCUUUAUUCUACCACCUGCAUGCCCACUGAGACUCGCAUACCAGACUCCGGGCUAUGACUUGGCACGAACUUUCCUCUUUUACGUUUUCUUCUUUCUUUAAUCUUCAACUAGGGAUAGUCACACAGUGAC